ACGUGAACACAGUUGUGCAAUGGAUAACAUGGGCGAUAGUUCGGUGCAGUUGGCACCUCUUCGAUCUAUUGGAGAUUUCUUGUUGGAAUCUGCACGAUUUCAGAUUCCAAAUAUAAAAGAUGCAGAAAAAUGGACGAAUAGAGUUCUUAAUAAUUUGCUUUAUUAUCAAACUAAUUAUUUUUUGACGGCAUUAAUUAUUUUUUUAAUUAUCGGUAUUAUCCAUCCAGUGAAAAUGGUGUUUGGCUUCACUGCUCUGGCUGUUGCAUUUGGAGGGUACGUGUAUGGCACUAACAACCAGUGGAAGGCGCGACAGUUCAAACGAGAACACCCAAUGGUCAGCAUGGUGAUCAUCCUGGCGGCCGGCUAUCUCCUUGUGUACAUGCUGGGAGCAGUCAUUGUGUUCAUGUUCGGCAUCGCUUUUCCACUUCUUUUGAUCUUGAUUCAUGCAUCACUGCGUAUGCGAAGUAUAAAGAACAAAAUAACGAACAAGAUGGAGUUUGUUGGGCUGAAACGAACACCUAUGGGCAUCAUUCUCGAGAGUCUGGGCCAGGAACAGGAAGCAGGCUCGUAGAAGGAGGAACAAUAUAUUUAUUUUGAUUUUUCAGACCCGAUUGAUAUUUCAUGCUUGGUAACAAUGGUAUUCAGUUACCAGUUAGCUUGGUCACUCUCUCCAUGGACUGAGUUCUGCUUGUGCUUAACCGUUACUGUGAAGGUUGAAUGGCAUCUUCAAACAUUUCCUUUACAGAAUGCUGGUGGAGGUCUGCAAACAUUUCUUUAUCUUGACCAAAUUGAAUGUUGUAUAUAAAUUCUGAGUGACCAUUAUGAUCCUAACAAACAGUGAAUGUGGAGGAACCCUACAAGAACAUAAUCUUGCACUCCACUGCAUCUGUAUAGACGUGUAUAUUUUAUGGACAAAAGACAUUAGAACUUUCUAAAUGGUUAUACAACAGGGUUCGAACUUAUGAAUUUGUCUUCCACAGUAAUUUAAAAGCAAAAUUGCCAUGGGUAAAAUGGCCCAACAACGGCAAUUUAAAAAAAUAUUUUUGCAGCAAAUAAACACAAGUGAAAGGUUA